AUGUAAAAUUAAGCAACUAUGACAGAUAUAAAUGAGGAAGAUAUUCGAAGACUGGAUUAGCACAUUACAAGAAAUCCAAAUAUCAUUAUGUCUUGUGUAAAGGUUCUAAAGAUGGAAGAACUAAGGAGAACAAAUGAAGACAAUUAACGUUUGAUGAGUUUCAUGCGAUCACAUUUAUAUUUUAAAGGAAACUCAUCUUUAGAUUAUCUAUCGGAAUGUUGCUAAGUAUAAAUAGUCUUAGUAUAUUAGCUAAUGAAAUUCGAAUAAUUAAAAAAAAAUCAAAUUCUUUACUUGAGAGGGAGAGAGAAUCAGGAAUAAUUAAUAAUAUUAUUAACUGGUGAGAUUAGUGUCUAAUCUAAUGAAUAAGAAUUAUUGUGUACAAAACAUUUUGGAUCGAAUUUGAUAGUAUUUGGAAAUGAUUGUUAUGCAGAUAUGUAUUCCAUAUUUAGGAAGUAAGCCCAAACCUGAUAGUUAAGACCAAAUCAGUAUGUAAAGCAGCC